CGUCUGGUCGCCGUGCGGGGAGGCUGCUCAGCACAGCACAGCCCGCCCGUGUGUAGCGUUACCGUGCGCGCUCGCGCCCCCGCCCGCGACAUGGCCCGGCCCGCCUCGACGGCGUCCCCGAUGCUGACGGUGAACCCCCCGCCCGGGCCGGUCCGGCAGCAGUCCAUGGGCCGGCGCCUGCAGCACGACGACGUGCACCCGCUGCCCCCGCACCGCGUCUACUUCUUCCUGACGUUCGGCGGCCGCGAGGUGCGCGUCGAGCAGGCCGCCCUGCACCGGGCGCUCCGCCAGCGGCUCUGAAGGGGCUCGACGGCGUCCUCGAUCGGCAGCGAGGUGCGGGCCAUAUCCCCGGCGUCCUCGGCGCGCCCCCCUCCGCGGCAGUGACAAAGUGUGUGUGUGAGACGUGCGCCUCCGUGUGACGCAUCGCCUGCCAGAAGCACACUGCGGGAGGCAAGAAGAAAAGGAAAGAGGAGAAGGGGGAGAAAAGGGAAAAUAGAAAAUUGCGCGGCGCUUAGGAGUUCGCUCGCUCGACGGCGUGUAUUCACAUUCAUAUUGCCCAUUGUGCAUCGCGGGGCGCGCCAAAGACGGCCCCCACCCCGCCGCAUCGAGUACGUCGGGCGGGGGGCAGGCCAAUGGAGUAGCGGUCCGGUGAGCGCAGCGCUGCGACCCCACGCAGCAGCAGCUCGGCGACGGGGAGGAUGACGGCCACCAUGGAGGACGUCGUCGGCAACGCCACCACCACCAUGGUGGCCCCGGUGGCCCCGGUGGCCCCCACCGACCUGCCCAUCGACAUGACCUUCAACACCGGCCACAUGGUGUCCAUCGUCUUCUACCCCAUCCUCAUGGUCAUCUCCGCCGUGGGCAACAUCACCGUCUUCGCCAUGCUCUGCCGCAGGCGGAAGAAGUGCCGCUCGAGGAUGGACAACAUGCUCCUGCACCUCUCCAUCGCCGACCUCCUGGUCACCUUCCUGAUGAUGCCCCUGGAGAUCGCGUGGAACUACACCGUGGACUGGCGCGGAGGUGACGCCUUGUGCAGGAUCAUGUCCUUCUACAGGAUAUUCGGCCUCUACCUAUCGAGCUACGUCCUCGUCUGCAUCAGUGUCGACAGGUACUUUGCAGUCCUCAGGCCGAUGCAGAUCUCGGACAGACGUGGCCGCUGGAUGCUGGUCGGCGCCUGGGUGGCUGCCAUCGUAUGCAGCCUGCCGCAGGUCGUGGUGUUCCAGGCGCUGACGCACCCCGAGUUCCCCACGUACGUGCAGUGCAUCACGAAGGGCACCCUCACCUCCACCAAGGCCGCCGUCGCCUACGCGGCCUUCGGCACCGUGGCCAUCUACAUCGUGCCGCUGUCGGUCAUCAUCUUCUCGUACGCGUCCAUCCUCGUCGAGAUCUUCAGGCGCUCCAGGGACCCCAUCGAUGUGCUCCGAGAUUCCAAGACGCAGGUCGCGGGUUCGAAUCUAGAUGAAGACAAGCUCCGCCGCUCCAGCCUCGGCUUCCUGGGCCGCGCCAAGAUCCGCACGCUCAAGAUGACCAUCAUCAUCGUGUUCGUCUUCUUCGUCUGCUCGACGCCGUACCACGUCAUGAUGGUCUGGUACUGGGUGGAUCCGAGCGCGGCGGUCAACGUCGACCCCCGCCUGCAGAAGGGGCUGCUGCUGUUCUGCUCGGCCAACUCGUGCAUGAACCCCAUCGUGUACGGCGCUUUCAACAUCCGCAAGCGGCGCAGCACGAGCACGAGCCAGCGGCCCAAGAACGCCCGCCUGCGCGCUUUGGGAGUGCUUCGGCUUGUGAGCUGGCGGCGCGAGCGCGACGACGACGGCGGGGCCGGCGCGGGCGGGGCCGGCCUUGGGGGCCCCGCGGCCGCCUCGACGGGCUCCUCCUCCGAGCACGCCGCCCACGUCCUGUGUCACCGGGGAAGCAGAGGCUCGCAGGGCUCCGAGGUCUCCUGCACCACCGAGUGGAGCGAGGUGCACUCCACGAGCUGCCUCAGACAAGGUGUCGAUUCCUCUGUCUGCUCUCUCAGCGACGCCCACGACGGCGGACCGCAAGCUCACGCUCAAGAGCGCGCUCAAGGGCGGCUCAAGGGCGGCGACGGAUCCGUCUCCUCGGUGCAGGUUACCUUCGCGGAGCCCGCAGGGGGGCCCCGGGUCCGCUUCCCCGAGAACGAUCGCUUUCGCCUCUCCCAACGGAGCAGCAGCGCUCCUGGCAUCCCCUCCGGAGCCGGCGCCGCCCCUGGGCUGCCCGCCGGGAUGCCCGCCGGGCCCGGCGCCGGCCCUGGCCUCUAUGGGGGCCGUAUGUUCGAGCUGCGGGGAAACGCUUCGGGCCUCGCUCGGGGCGCCGCAGCCGGUGCCAGACGUAACGGCUGUGGCCGUGGCAAGGGAGCGGGCCGAGCUGGAGGGGCAGCUGGCGGGGCAGCUGAGGUGACAUCGUCCGUGUGAGGGCGGCAGGUGCGGGGCAGCUGCCGCCGCGGCUGCGGGCACGUCCGUGUGAGGACAGCCAGCUGCAGUGCCGCGGCUAGCGGGGCAGCUGACGUGUCAGCUGCCGUGUCAGCUGUGAGGUGACAUAUCGUCUGUGUGAGGACGGCAGGUGCGGGGCAGCAGCCGCGGCUGCUACGGUCACCUGCGCUUGAGGACAGCGAGCUGCAUUUCAAGUGAUGGUGAACGGGCCGCGGCUCUGGGACAGCUGUGCCCGCGCGGACAGCCAGCAGCUGCUGCUGCGGGACAGCGGACAUCAGUGAUGCACAUGUCCACUGUGUGCAGACAGCAGCAGAAGUUGGCUGCAAGAGUCCGGGAACGUGUUAUGUUAGCGUGGAGAGUGGACAGCAGCUUGAAGCCGGAAUUCUUCCUGCGGACGUGGACAGGUGGCUGCUGGCCAGCCCAAGUGGACAAUAGUUGUAAGAGUAGUAUGGGGGUGUCUACUCGGAGAGUCUCCCCUUGUCAGAGAUAUCUAAUUCGAAAAAGAAGCUUGUAGGGACACUUUUAUCAGCCUCAAUCUGUGAAAAUAGAAUAAUUGUUUCAAACAAAAACGAAAAAAACAAACAAACUGCAAGCUUAUCUAUGGACCCGUCCUAGUUCUCUCUCUAUUCCUGUACGAGUGCAACUUGGCUUUGUCAUCCUGUCAGUACCCUAAAGCAUUUUUGGAAGAAGUACUUAUAAAGAACUCAAGUAUACUCUAUAGAUUUAUUUUCACAUGGGAAUUCUCUUAAUUUAUUUUCUUGUAUUGUUUCCACAAAGAUAAUGAUGACAACUUUGUCAUACAGAUUCUCUGUUUAGUUAUUGAAGCUACCAACUUUUGUCUAGUCUUAGUCUUAGAAAAGUGUGUUUCGUACAGUCUUUGAACUACAUUCCUUAUUUACUAAACUUGUCCCAGAUGAAGUAUAUUCUGUUAAAGUGCUAGUCAUAAGCAGUCAUUGGCAAUCUGCUCCCCCUGGGAAAACGUUUUUGUCCCAAAAUCGUCAUCACUGUGACGUUUUUUGUCAGCACCAGUGACCUCACAUGUGAAAAUAUUGUAACCCCGUGGGUCAUGAGAGGUCAAUCAAGUAAUUGUGAGGAAAACGUUCUCCUUUUGCCAUUCUCUUAUAUUUUCUCUGAUAGUUUAACAGGCAGUCAUUGGUGGUAAAAAUUUACAACACUCUUCAUCCCGCACUCGUUUACCUUUUUAAAAAAUUAGAUUUAUAAUGUUUAAAAAGUCAAGUGUGAUCCUAUCCUUCAUUUAAAAUGACUAAAAAGUGUAUCAUCUAUGAAAAGUAGCACACACAAAAACAAAAAUGAUCUGGCACCACAGUUGAAUUUCUGAUUAACUCAUCUCAGACAUACCCUUCAAUACUAUGUAUGUGGGGUCUGUAUGCCAGGGAGUGGGAGUGGGAAAAGGGCUCAUUUAAGUUGUCAGCGCAAUCAUACAUAUUUCCUGCACUUGAUGUAGUACUUAAUAAUCAGUACCAACUGUCAUAAGAGAUCUCAAAUUGUAUGUUAGUUCUAAAAAUCUUUAUAAUGUGACACACUCAAAUAAAACCUUUAUUGCAUGCAUUCCAAUAUUCGUACAUGCAUAUAUUAAGAAGAAAAUUUUCUUUUAAAUUUUGAGGGUGGCACCAAUUUUAAAAUGUUUUUAUUUUUUAUGUGCCUGUAGGUUGUGAAUUAUCUCUCAGCACUUAUCAUGUUUACUGAAGAUGGACAUUCUUCUCUUCAUUCCUAACCGACUGUGAUUAAAAAUAUAAACCUAAAACAAAUACUCUC